CCAGCCAGUACUCAGUCACUUCCUGUUUACGUUUCCACAAAUGACGUCACGCGGAUACCAUUGAACUCACAGUUUUCAAAGCCGAACAGAACCAGAGCAGAACUUGACAAACUGCUUCCCAACACUCUGUUGACGGCUCCGUUCCAGCAGCUCCUCCUUUAGCUACACACCGGAGCACCGGGGAGCGGGAACGAGCCUCGGCGUCAGCUGUCCGAAGCGAGCUAGCCCGGCUACAAAGUGAAGCUAACGUUAGGGAGGCAGCAGGCUAGCUGGUGGCUAGCUAGCGAGUCAGCAAGAGGAAGUGAGCAGCCGUUCAUCAUCACACGGAGAGCCCAGCGGCGGGAGCAUGGAGAGCAGAUACAACCUGAAGAGUCCAGCGGUAAAGAGGCUGAUGAAAGAAGCUGCUGAACUGAGGGAUCCCACAGAGCACUACCACGCCCAGCCACUGGAAGAUAACCUCUUUGAGUGGCACUUCUCUGUACGCGGCCCCCCAGAUUCCGAUUUCGAUGGCGGAGUUUACCACGGCAGGAUCGUGCUUCCCCCAGAGUACCCCAUGAAGCCCCCCAGCAUCAUACUCCUCACGCCGAAUGGAAGAUUCGAAGUUGGGAAGAAGAUUUGUCUGAGCAUCUCUGGUCAUCAUCCAGAAACCUGGCAACCCUCUUGGAGCAUCCGAACCGCCCUAAUAGCUAUAAUCGGAUUCAUGCCAACAAAAGGAGAGGGAGCAAUAGGAUCUCUUGAUUAUACCCCAGAAGAGAGGAGAGCCCUUGCCAAAAAAUCUCAGGACUUCUGCUGUGAGACGUGCGGCUGCUCCAUGCGCUCUGCCCUCCUGGCUCUGACACCCAACAGUAACCCCAGCGCUGAGGACCACAAGGCUAAAGAGCUGGCCCAGCAAAUCAACUUCAAGGCAGAGUCCAGUUUAUCCAGACAGGCAAGUGAGAGUGGGGGUGCAGAAAGCGAGCCUUCCACACUCACCCAGGGAGACACCUCCACGUCUGCAGGCCAGGAAGCUGCUGACGCUCCCCGGGCUGAACAGGCAGCCACAGGAGUAGAGGGACCCGAGGCCCCUGUGGUGCCCCCCACCACCGGACGUCCUCUCAGCCCCCGGCAGCGCCGCGCCCAGCAGCACAGCCAGCAGGGCCAGAGAGAAGGCAGAGAUCCGGCCAGCAGGCCGGCCUUCGCUCCGGCUCCUCGCCAGCCUCUGGACGAAAGCCACGCAGGCUCGGCGGUCCUCAUUGUGGUGCUCACUCUGGCUCUGGCCGCACUAAUCUUCCGCAGGAUCUACCUGGCUCAAGAGUACAAGUUUGACUACGAGCUGUGACCAACCAGGCCCCCGCCUCCUCAGCCUCAAGUCAACCCCUCCCGCUAACACCCUUACAGAACUAGGACCCGCUUAAGUGGAACCAGAGCCGAGGCGGCGUCUAGCGCUGACUUUGUGCCCUCCCUGCUUGUCAGCGGAGGGUUCAGUCUCCACUGAGGGGGAACUUUCAUUCCUGCAGAGGAGGCUCCGCUCACAACACCACCUCGAGGGUGUCUUUUAAUCAAUGUGAAUUUUACUCUCCAGAGUGUCAUGCAUUAUAAAAAAUGGGAAGUUUGUUGUGUUUGUGAUCAGUUCAGCAGCCACACACACACACACACACACACACACACACACACAUCACACGCCUCCUCACGUACAAUUGUUGUAUAUCCCAGGGCUGCGGCUUGUUCCCAUUAUUAUUAAAAGUGUAAUAUAAUAUUUUAACAAGAUGGAAUUAUGGGGGAUUUUGAUCACAACACAUUAUUUAAUGACGGGAGAGUGUGUGUGCUGGAACGACUUCCUCCUUCUGUGCUUUAACUUCCUGUGAUGUCCCAGUAUGUGUUAAAGGCUCACUGGUUUUCUUAUCGAUGUGAUUUGGAAACUGUGCGUGCGUGCGUGCUCAUCAACAUGUAUCCUUACACAUACAGUAUGUCAUUUCUGUCUCUCACAUUAAAACUAUAACAAAGGCAUAGUUUCAA